UUUGUUUUGUUCAUAUCCCAAAUUCCCAAAUGCUAUCCAUCCAUCGAUACCCAGGUGAGAUACCUAGGUACAUAGCAGUAGGUAAUGCUUGGCCCCACUACAGCUUUAUCAGCGGGGCAUGUCAGGCAGGGAGCUACGGUAUCACUAAAGUUUGAGCUAGGAUCUAAGCUUCUGCCCCUCUAGCGUCGACUCAGACUUUUGGGAACUCGUUUUCGACAUUCUGCAAUACACUCUGCAAUACACUGUAGGAUGAAGGGGUGUGUGAUCCAUAACUUGUAGGAGGACGCUUCGAUGAGCGCAGACCACUUGGGAAAUCAUAUGACCGACCAACUGAUUUACCCGGUCUUCGCAAUUUCCCCGACUUGUCGCUUCCAGCGCAAAGAUGCCAUUCGACGAUGAAGAUAUACCCCUCGCCUCGCUCAAUGCUGCAAGCGACGACGGCCUUCUCGACGGCGAAGAUGGCGACCAGGCCCAAGACUUUCGAAUGUUCACAUCGCUUCUUACUGGCCCCGGUAAGAAGUCGCAGGCCUCUAGCAGGGCGAUACGACGUGGAGAGAAGGACUUUGAGUCUCAUGGCACGCGCGCGCAAGAGGGCGUCCUCGAAUCGAGCCGCUCGGCAAUGCAUGAGGUCCUGAGCUAUACCCGUCAACAUCAACCUCGCAAUGCUCUAUGCGGAUGGUAUUUUCCCGAUCGAUGGGCUGAUAUGCCACCUGAAAGUGAAUCAAUACCCGACGCCGCGACCGAUAAGCAAUCAGGUAGUGGGAUGGCCAAUAGUCGCGAUACAGUCCGGGGCCUUUUUGCAAGGGACCGAGUCGUUGCCAUCGAAGCGGAUAAAAGUACCAUGCUGACGUCGACGGGCCGUGUUGUCACAACUGCCGAUAAGUUCAGUCCAGGACGAUCAAAGACAUGGCUACUACCGGAAGAAGCAUUAUUCCUGAUUGAAAGAGGAACCCUGGAUCUAUGGUGGCCAGUCCGAGGGAUCGAGGAGGUUUUCCCGGUCGAGAAGGGACCAGAUGAAUCGCAGGAGGAUGUAAGGAAGCUUGAGGACUAUGAGCUUGGGAUUCCCCUGAGUUUACAAGCUGCGUAUGCGCUUUUCAUCGGGAAAGAUGGAGAAAGAGGCAAGAUCAGUCUUGAGAAAUACCAAGUAUACUCCAAUCUCAGACGAACAGGUUACAGAGUUCUUCGCGCAACGCCAUUAGCACCUCGGCCACCCUCAUCUCAAACGUCACGGUCACUUUGGCAAUGGCUCUAUUCACUUAUACAGAAGCCUUUUCCUCUGCGCUCUACUUGUUCAGGAUAUGGCCCACUGGUGAGACCCGGCCUAUAUCGUUCGUAUAUACCUAUCUUCGAGCAACUGGCUCUUGCACAGCGACACAAGCCUGCUCCUCUUCUACCGUCUGAGAUACCUCAACCACAAGCUCCCUUCAAGAUUUUCUUCCAUAUUUGGAAGAGCAAUUCGCCCUUUGUGAAGACAAAGCCGCCGCCACCUGACUUCCAGAUGGCAGUUGUAGACGCACGCGACUCCAGCGUCCCAACCCUCGAACAAUUAGACACUCUACUCCUAUCUACGCCAUGGGAUCCGCCAGAGAAAGACGAGGGAAGACAAGGGGCAGGCGCCGUAUACAAGCGCCUUAAGCACGGAUGGCGCAACGCCGUUGUUGCUAUAGUGGAUCGUGGGUUGAUUAGUUACAUGAGGUUUGGCGAGAUGGCGUUCGGUGAGGAGUUGCUGUAUGAAAAUGUGGGCGUACGUCCCAAGGCGAAAAGGGGUGGGAGAGCAGGAAGGGGACGUGGAGGUGGAAGAGGAAGGGGCAGAGGGAGAGGGGGAUAGAUCAUGACAGCCCCUUACUCCUUUUAAUGUAUGAGAUACCAUCUUCGCACUGCCUCGGACCAAAUGCUGCAACUUACGUAAUUCUUUGCGGAAUCGUUCAAAUAUGAGCCGUGUAGGUAAAGCCCGCCAUUCUCACCGGUCAGCACCGCUUGACAACGAAUUCAUAUUCAGUG